GGGGAACAGAGUGGCUGGAAAGAACUGCAAACGUAGAAGUUAAGUUACCAGAGGCAGCUUUCUUGAGAGGUGAAAAAUGCCUGGAGAAAAGGAGGAGCAAGGAAGUGGCUGGAGGGAGGGAACGAGGCCUACCGUUUUGCAGUUUUGCGGUAUUGCUGUAUACAGGGGGAGUUAAGAAAGUGGAGCAGGCUUCACGGAGAGGUGGCUUGAACGAGUUGUUGGCAGGAGCAAGACCGUCUGACACAAGAACAAGCUGAUUAAUUAUAAAUCAAGAGAAAGGGGCACUUUUCCUUGAAGGACAUUUGUAGUGUAGCUGCAUGGCAGCCAGAAAUUCAGCAGAGCAGAAGACUACCGAAAAGAUGGCUGGGAAGCCCAAGCUGUACUACACUCAAGAGAGAGGGAGGAUGGAAUCUAUCUACUGGCUGCUUGCAGCAGCUGGAGUUGAGUUUGAAGAAAGAUUUGUAGAAACAAGGGAAGACUUGGAAAAAUUACGGAAUGAUGGAUUCCUCCUGUUUCAGCAAGUGCCCAUGGUGGAAAUUGAUGGGGUGAAGAUGGUGCAGUCACGAGCCAUCCUCCACUACAUUGCAGAGAAACACAACCUCUAUGGCAAGGACCUGAAGGAGAGAGCACUGUACUUAUUAACAUUUAGAAUUUACUGUAGGCUUGUUACAUGUGUAGAAAGCCAGCCUUUAAUAGAAGGCCUUCAAGACCAGAAUAAGCAACAUCCCCACAAUUAAGAAAUUCUUGGAGCCUGGCAGCCCCAGGAAACCCCCAUUAGAUGACAAGGCUGUUGCACAGAUCAAGAAGAUUUUCACCUCCUCAUAACUCCAGCUGUGAAGGUCACUGCAAAUUCUGGCAUGAUUUUUCCUGAUUUAUGCUGCUUCUCCUCAUAGACCAUUACUGACUUUAAGGCCUGUAUUAUCGGAAAGAUUAACAGUGUAAUCGUAUAAAUGUCUACUCAGAUGGAAGUCCUUACUUCCAGAAAAGUGUGGGUAUAGCACUGUAGCCUAAAUAAUAUAAAAUAGUAAUUUGUCUUGGUUCUAUAGACUCAAAACUCCUUUGAAACUAGCAACUGAAGGAUGAUGGCAGUUGUAGUCCAAAACACCUGGAAUGCACCAGAUUGGGGAAGGAAACUCUAAAGGGUAGAGUCAAUGAGCAAUCAGUAUUGUACCACUUAAAUUGUCUUCAGAUCAGCAGCCUUGGGAGAAAGGUAGCAAUCAUCUUAAAGGCAGUCAUAUGUUGCUUAAGUGUGGGUGUUGUCAACCUGGCACCCAUGGUGCCCACAAAAGUUUCACCAGCAUCCCCAGGCAGUGGCCCCAGACUCUGAGCUUUCUUUUUUUAAAAAAAGAGUCUCUAGUCUUCCUAGAAAGAAAGCUAUGAAGCAAAAUGUGCCGGUGGUCUUCUAAGCGAUUUUUAUAAAAUGGGCCAGCUUGUCUGCUCCCACCUGUCAAGUGUUUUUAGCCAACGAGUGAAGUCUGCUUAGAGGUUUUGUAACAAUCAGACAGUAUAUAAACUUUGUUAUAUAAAUUAAACUCUAUUGUAUACAGUCGGAGCAUAUGAUUUCUACAAAAUCAAAACCUCAUUUUCAUCCCAGCCAUCUUCUCUGUAAUAAUAAUGAUUGAAAGUGCAAGAUUUGUCAUGUACGUUUGCAUGUAAUGUGGAGUUUGUCCCUGAGCUAGACGCAAAUGAGAGAGGUUCAGAAAUGCAUCCACAAAGUUUUAGAUUUGUUGCCUAUUUGCUUUGCCAGUAAUUUCCUCUUUUAAUUAGUUGCAACAAAACAAUUUAAAGUAGUAACAAAAAUGAAAGGAACAAAAUAAGUAACAGUAACUGCACUGAGGGCAUCUUUUAGGAUUGACAUGUAUGUGAAACAAAUUAUCUAAUAUGAAUAAUAUGCCUCCCUUUUGCUUCUGAGGUCAGGAAUAAGCAAAGUAGGGCCCAAAUUAUUGAGAGCCACAAUCAGAUACUUUGCAGUUUAUGAAACCGGCAGAGAUUGUGAGGCAGCAACUUAGAAUGUGACGCUAGAUCAGAAAGACCAUUAUAGGUGUAACGGUGGGACAAGAAAGAAACUCUUUUGGGGAUGAGUGUCAUUGGGCUUUGGCCCCACCUUUGAACAAUCUGCAACUGUCCAUCGUUCUGCAGCAGCAAAAUCAUGUAAAUAGACUUUAAGUGGAAUGAGGAACCUGUGGCCCUCCCAUCAUCCCUGACCAUUGGCCAUGUUGGCUAGAGUUCAACCACAUCUGGAGGCCCACAGGGGUCGAGCACCAGUUUCCUCAGGGGAAUCAAGGAAGGGGGCUAGAUGAGCUUCAGCUCCCUUGGCUAGAGCAAGGGGAAGAAUCAGAGGAUGCUGACACUUUCGAGGACCAUGGGGGAGGGGGUGUAGUUGACUCUGCCAGUUCCCAUGGUCAGUUCUCCCGCCGAAGAAGACUUUGUGCCACCUCCAGACGCCUCAACAGAGCUAUUGGAGGAUGUCCUGGCACGUGUGCCAACCCCCGAGCUCUUCUCCUGAAACUUCAAACACAUCCCUGCCCCCUGAAGCCAAGCCGGCACCUAUCGAGCCUGUAUUGUCAGAUGAGCCGGCAGAGACGCCCCGUGCGAGAGGCUGCGAGAAGCGCCUCGGCCAGAGAGAGGGUCUUUGAAGGAGUCAGAGAUUACGAGCGAAGACCUUUCCUACUGAAGGCAGCACUCCCCUCCCCGACCUGGGUGCUGAGUCAACUUCCUUCACAUGCUGCAGAGUAUGCUUAGGUAGCUUAGUUAGGGAUAGAAGUGAGUUGGCAUAGCAAGUCUAUGCAGCGUGCUGCCUUUGAUGUUUCAAUUACCCUAAUAAAACAAGAAUUAAUUCCAUCCUUGUCUCCACCUCGUGAUUUGCCCUGAGCAGCACAACAGGUUCCCCACCUUAAAUGUUCACAUGUUCACGGGCAGAGGAUCACCGUUAUUAAAACUGUAUGAGGACCUGAGUACACUAGAACA